UCGCAUACUUUCAGAUAUUUAAGGAGACCGUAUAUUUGGAGGAGCAAUAUCCUGAGCUGGUUGAACAAGCAAAUAUGAUCUUAAAAAAGUGUGAUGGACUUCCCCUUGCAAUUGUCACCAUAGGUGGCUUCUUGGCAAACCAACCAAAAACAGUGUUGGAGUGGAGGAAAUUGAAUGAGCAUAUCAGCGCCGAGUUGGAGAUGAAUCCAGAGCUUGAGAUCAUAAUUGCAGUCCUUAAUAAAAGCUAUGAUGGUCUACCCUAUCAUCUCAAGUCUUGUUUCUUGUAUAUGGCCAUCUUUCCUGAAGGCUACAAGGCUAGCCGAAGACGCUUGGUUCGUCGCUGGACUGCAGAGGGCUAUUCAAGAGAGGGCCGUGGCAAGUCUGCGGAGGAAAUAGCAGACAACUACUUUAUGGAACUGAUAAGCAGGAGCAUGAUCCUUCCAUAUCAACAGUCAAUUCAUAGUAGAAAAGGAAUUGACUCCUGCCAAGUCCAUGAUCUGAUCCGUGAAAUUGGCAUCUCAAAGUCAACGGAGGGUAAUCUUGUUUUCAGGCUGGAGAAGGAUUGCAGCUUAAAUGGCAAAGGUAAAAUACACCAUCUCUCUAUCAGCAUCAACUGGGAGGGAGAUCAAGUUGAGUUUGAGAGCAUAGUAGACAUGUCCAGAAUACGGUCAUUAACUGUGUUUGGGAAGUGGAGGCCAUUUUUCAUUUCUGACAAGAUGAGGUUGCUGCGAGUGCUAGACCUGGAAGGCACAUCAGGAGUAGUUGACCAUCACCUUGAGUACAUUGGGAAGCUUCUUCACAUAAGAUACCUCUCUAUAAGGGGAUGUAAGGAUAUCUAUCACCUACCCGAUUCACUGGGUAACCUGAGGCAACUCCAAACUCUAGAUAUCACGGGCACAUGCAUAAUAGGGCUGCCACAGACCAUCGUCAAGCUUAGCAAACUACAGAAUAUUUGUGGUGGCGCCAUCGAAGAUAAUGAUGAUGACAACCUUGAAAUCGAAACAUGUCAAAAAGAUUUGCCCAAGGUAAUGAGGAACAUGCUAUGUGUUAUGACUUGCUCUUCAAUGGCAUUUUGUGUGGCAUGUUGUGCACCUCAGUUUGUGAAAGAGAAGAUGGAUAUGGAUAUGGAUGUCGACGUGAACAGGCGUGAUGUAUGUACCAUGUGUUGCUGCAACAUAUUACCUCUGCUAGCAACGCGCCAAAGUCCACGUGGUAUUGCAGUACCAAGAGGGAUCCGCAGACUGAAAGCCCUGCAAAAGUUGGGUAUUGUUAACAUCAGACGAGCAAAAGCGGUUCUGCAAGAUCUAAAAGAGCUUAACCAGCUGCGUAAGCUAGGAGUUAUUGGCGUCAACAAGAGAAACAGUCGAGAUUUGUUUUCGGCAGUUGCUAAUCUCAGCUGCUUGGAAUUGUUGUUAGUGCAGUCACUGGGAUAUCCUGGUUUAUCUGGCUGCUUAGAUGACGUUUCCUCACCUCCAGCAAAUCUCCAGAGCCUCAAGUUGUAUGGCAACAUCGUAAAAUUACCCAAAUGGAUCCAGGGGCUCACAAAUCUCGUGAAGCUGAGGCUACGAAGCUCGAGGAUAGUGGAGCACGACGCUGCCAUACAGCUACUAGGGAAGAUACCGAACCUGGCCACUCUGCGCCUGUGGAAGGAAUCAUUUGUUGGCAAAGAGGUCAGUUUCAACUUUCGUCGGGGUGCAUUCCCGAACCUUGUGGUGCUGGAACUGGAUCGCCUAGGUAACCUGCAAUCGGUCAAGUUUGAAGAAGGAGCCACACCGAAGCUUGAGCUGCUGCAAUUUCGUGACUGGACUUCUGAAGCCAGCACUGGGUUGUUUAUUGGGCUGCCAUCUCUCCCAAGCCUCAAGGAAUUCAUGCUCAUGGAGUUCCACAACGGCUACAAGGAUGAAUUCGUGGAGGAGCUGUGGGCUGAGCUUGCAAAGAAUCUAAAUCGGGCGGUUUUGAAGAGGUAUUGA